CUCGCUGUGAGAAGCUGUUCGGGCUGGCUGGCUCUCUCAGUCGCAGCUUCCUGCUCGUCGGCAAUACGACCGCAGAGAUGGAAACAACUCUGUGAGGAUGAGAAGCAUCUCCUGCUCAUGACUUAGGGUUUUUUUUUGAUUCGGGUGUUCUUCCAAGGUGGUACCAUGAAACCCGCCAUCGAAUCAAUAAUCACACGGCUCUAGAGACACGAAGUCUGGACAAGAUCGUCAUCCAUUCACACUCUUGGAUCAUGCUGCAAGGUUCACCAGUGGCACCUGCUGUACUACCCGGGUUUCUUUUCGGUCUCACCCGCUGCAAUCGACCGGGCAAUCACUCUCUCAGAAACCAAGAUGGCAAGAUCGUUGCUCUGGCACCGACGACCGAGUAUCCGCAAGGGGCAGGCGGAAGUUGCUUCCCAGCUUUUCUCAUUUGCACAUUGAUCGGGUUUUCGGUUCAUGUUUAUAUUCUUUGCCACGAGCAGUCACUCGACCAACCUAGUUUUCGUCUUACCUGGCUAUCCGAAAGCAAUAUCGUCUGCAUAUCUGGGUCGAUGAUCUUCAAUCUCCUUCCCCAUGCCGGACCUCGACAGUUGCAGGCGCUUCGCAUCCCGCAUGCCUGCCACCCUCCCGCUUCCCGGACAUGCCUAGGCUUUAAAGUUACGGAAGUCUGCCCGUUACGUUGCUUGCCGUCUCCACCACCUUUUGGUGUUCAAGACCUGGGCCCAUUCAACGAGGCAAUAUUGCACACAGCUUCGAGUGUUCGACCCUGGCGUGCAGCUCGACGGUCAAAUCUUGCGCAAGAGGAGCAAAAGCCAACCACUCAGGGCCCCCAUCUGAGCAAAAGUUCCUUAUGUUUGCAUCGGUCUUGGCCCUUGCCAAUGCCACCCGCCUCCUCCCAACCCAAGGACGACAGUAACGGUCGGCCGAUGCCGCCCCACGGCCGCCCAACCUCACUUCAUGUGGCUCAGGCGCAGAUGGGACGAAGUCCGGCAACCUAUUUUCGGCCUUUCUGUCUUUUCUCAGACUGUUCUCUCACCUGGGGUCCCGUCGAGUUUCCCCGCCUCGCCAACGUAAAUUAGGCUUACACAGUCAGGCCAUAUCUUCCGAAUAUGGUAUCCACUGAUGCUGCCGCAAGAUUCCCGCAACGAUUUUGCGUCACGCAUCUUGAACUUGGCCUACGGGAGAAUCUUUCUGUAAGCUGCAUGGCCAAGUCUUCCCGGGACGCGUACCCAAGCAGCCAAGUCACGAGGAUCACAUCUCUCUCCUUGGACCCGGACCCGUUUGCCGUUGUUGUAGCGACCUCUUUGACCGUUCAUAUGGCCUCCGCC